AAUUAUUGUCCAAAUGUCUAUUAAAGAUUUCAAAUUCAAAUCCUCCCACUUAUAUUAUCAAUAAACCAGUUCCUAAAUUGGAAAUAAUGGUGUUAACUAGCAAAUAACAAUUCCUACAUAAUAUUGUAGCAACCGUUCUCUUUUAAUAGAAGGAACCACAGAAUUGUCUAAUGUAUGAGAUGGAUAAGUAUGAAUAAUCUUAUGAGUUCAAAUCUCUUAUGCCAUCAUGUAUCUUACUUAUUUUUACUAUAAACGGUGAGAUAAAAUAAUUUUAAACUUACCUUAAAAUUAUUAUACUUAUUCAACUUAUUACACUAUACCAUACCAGAUUACCCUGUAUAGUACUUGUCAUUGGCUAAUAAAUAUAGAAAUUUGGACACCUCUCUCUCUCUCUGCAUUGUCUCUAUUGCAAAAUGGCUACGUGUGCUAGCUCUGCUACUCUUUACUCCAACGCUCCGUCUUCUCUCUCACGCUCUUUGUCUCUGCAGUAUUCUCAGCUCUGUAACUUGCCGUACAAGUUUAAUCAGUACCAAAAUGUUCGAAUCGGUCUCUCAUUUGAGCACAAUAAGGGAUUUGGAACAUGGAAAGCCUGUUCUCCUUCGCCUUUGCGAGUUUUCUGCCUCCGCGAUAUCAAAGCUCCAGCAGUCACUACUAAGUCUUGGGAGAAAUUGAUACUGAGAAGUGAUACUCCUGUUCUUGUUGAAUUUCAUGCCACUUGGUGUGGCCCCUGCCAGAUGGUUCAUCGGGUAAUUGAUGAGAUUGCAGCUGAGUAUUCAGGGAGAUUAAAAUGCUAUGUACUCGAUGCGGAUAAAGAAUCAAAAGUUGCUGAGAACUAUGAUAUCAAGGCUGUUCCUGUGGUGAUACUGUUCAAGAAUGGAGAGAAAUUUGAGUCUGUCAUUGGAACAAUGCCCAAGGAGUUCUAUGUGGCUGCCAUUGAAAGGCUUCUAGCUACUUAGAUGUGGUUAUGAGAACGUCAUGGUUAUCAUAUCAAGUUCAAUGCUGCAAAUGUGAUUACUCUCUACUUCCAUUUAAAAAUUCUCUUCACCCCUUAGUGCCUUGUAAUAUUCUAUGUUCUCUUUUUGCAUCUUCUUUUUCCAUGAAUCAUCAGUUCUUUUUCCUCAAAAUUGACAGCUCUCCGUAAAAGCACAUUCCUGCUUCUUUCUUCACAAUGAAAUUUGUAUAAGGUCGGUGAACUUGUGAAUAGUGACUGCAUUAGUAUGCUAAGGAUUUCUUGUUUCCUAACGUGUUUUUUGUUGUUGUUA